AUGGAUGCAAAAACAUUAGGUAGAAUAGAGUCUGUUGGUGGUCAUUUACUUGCAACUCCACCACAUUCAUCUGACAAUACUAGUAAUAACAGUAAUAAGACUACUACUACUACUACUAUUACAAAUACAAAUAAUAAUAUUAAACAAAUAAGAGUAGAAGGAGGAAAGAAAGUUUGGGAAACAAUGGAUAAUACAGACAUGAUAUUAGAGAGACAAGAGAACCAUUGUACCGUCAUUUCAUUGAAUCGACCAAAACAACUCAAUGUCUUGUGUACCGAUAUAUUUGUUGGUUUGAAUAGAAAGUUAUUAAACUAUGUUCACAAUGAUAAUCUACAUCUUUUAAUUCUAAAAGGAAGUGGUAACAAAGCUUAUUGUGCUGGUGGUGAUAUUAAAGAAUUAACAUCAAAUACAAGAAAAUUAAGUUAUUCAUUCCCAAAAUAUUUCUUUACACAUGAAUAUAAUAUGGAUUAUACAGCUGCGACAUUACGUAAACCAAGUAUUGUGUUUUGGGAUGGUAUUGCAAUGGGUGGUGGAUUGGGUGUUAGUUGUCACUCUACCUUUAGAAUCGUCACUGAAAGAACCGUUUGGGCAAUGCCAGAGGUAUCGAUUGGACUCUUCCCAGAUGUUGGUGGUUCCUACUUUUUAUCACGUCUACCAGACUCACUUGGUAAUUAUUUAGGUUUAACUGGUAAAAGUAUUACUGGUGCUGAUUGUUUACAAUUUGGUAUAGCAACACAUUAUAUAUUAUCAGAAAGAUUACCAGACUUGGAAAGAAAAUUGGUUGGAUUGGUCAAUAGUCAAGAUAGAAAUCAAAUUGAAUCUAUUAUUAUGGAAUUUGCAUCAACUCCAAAGACACCAUCACCACUUUUACAAGAAUGGCAAUUGAUACAAAAACAUUUUGCCAACAAGUUUAAAUCGGUAGAGGAGAUUCUCAAAUCACUAGAAUCAAGUGGUACUAAAUGGGGAACUGACAUGGUUGCUUUGAUUCGUAAGAAAUCACCAACCAGUGUAAAGAUUGCAUUUAGACAGGUAAAGGUUGGAUCAUCGAUGACACUUGAACAAGUUUUCACAAUGGAGUAUCGUAUUGCCAUUAGAUGUCUUGAAUCACCAGACUUUUUCGAAGGUGUUCGUGCCGUCGUAGUCGACAAGGACCAUAAACCAAAAUGGAAUCCUUCCACUUUGGAACAAGUCACUGAUGAUCAAAUCGAUCGUUAUUUUUCUCCAUUACCUUUAGGUCAAGAAUUACAAUUAGGUAGUAAUUUUUAUGUUACUGGUCUUCAUCAAUAA